UAUCUAUACACCUAUAUGAGCAUAACACCGUUAACUCUUGAUUUACCUGGUUUAAGUUACUACCUGACGUAGUUACUAAUAGUGUUUUGUUAACCGCAAAACCAGACUCCAGAUUUAAGCCAAACCCAAGAGGAUGGGAAAGCAGAACAGUAAACUUCGUCCGGAGGUGCUUCAAGACCUGCGAGAAAAUACAGAAUUCACAGAUCAUGAGCUCCAGGAGUGGUACAAAGGCUUCCUUAAAGAUUGCCCAAGUGGCCAUUUAACUGUGGAAGAGUUCAAGAAAAUAUAUGCAAACUUUUUUCCAUACGGCGAUGCUUCAAAGUUUGCAGAGCAUGUGUUCCGUACCUUUGAUACAAACGCUGAUGGAACUAUUGACUUCAGAGAAUUCAUAAUUGCACUUAGUGUUACGUCUCGGGGAAAGCUUGAACAGAAGUUGAAAUGGGCGUUUAGCAUGUAUGACCUGGAUGGCAAUGGGUACAUUAGUCAAAGUGAAAUGCUGGAGAUUGUUCAGAUGCUGCCUGGCCUGCUGAGUUCCUCCAGCAUUUUGUGUGUGUUGCUUUGGAUUUCCAGCAUUUCCAGAUGUUCUCGUCAUAUAGAAACGGACACAGAGUCUAUAGAAGUGAGGCAAAAUUACAUCAACUUCAUGGACCGUACACAGAUUACAGAAGAAGCUGUCUUGAGGCAAAUUUGAGUGGUUGAAUCCCCAGGGCCUGACAAGGUGUUCCCUCGGACCCUGCGGAAGGCAAGUACAGAAAUUGCCAGGGCCCUAGCAUGGAUAUCUAAAUCUUCCUUAGCGACUGGCGAGGUACCAGAGAAUUAGAGGAUAGCAAAUGUUAUUCCGCUGUUUAAGAAGGCUCUAAAUAUAAAACAAGAAAUUAAGGGCUGGCGAGCCUUACAUCAGUUGUGAGAGUUAUAGGGAGGUAUUCUAUGAGACUAGAUAUAUGAGUAUUGGAUAGACGUGGACUGUUAAGGAGAGUUAGCAUGGCUUUGUGCAUGGUAGGUCAAGUCUAAUCAAUCUUAAGAGUUUUUUUAGUAAGUUACCAAGAAAGUGGAUGAAGGCAAGGCAGUUGAUGUUGUCUACAUGGACUUUAGCAAGGCACUUGAUAAGGUCCCACAUGGGAGCUUGGUCAAAAACGUACAGUCGAUUGGCAUUCAAGAUGUGGUAGAAAAUUGGAUUAGACAUUGGCUUUAUGAAAGAAGUCAGAGUGGUAGUAGAUAGCUGCCUCUCUUACUGGAUACCUGUGACUAGUGGAGUGCUGGAAUGAUCAGUGCUGGGUCUGUUGUUGUUUGUCAUCUACAUCAAUGAUUUGAAUGAUAAUGUGGUUAACUGGAUCAGACUUGCAGAUGACACCAAGAUUGUGGGGUGAAUUUGACAGCAAGAAAGACUAUCAUGGCUUGCAGUUGAAUCUGGACCAGUUGGAAAAAUGGACUGAAAAAUUGCAGAUGGAAUUUAAUGCAGACAAGUGCGAAGAGUUGCACAUCAGUUGGACCAACCAGAGUAGGUCUUACACAGUGAACAGUUGGGCACUGAGGAGUGCUGUGGAGCAAAGAGAUAAGGGAAUACAGGUUUGUAAUUCAUUGAAAGUAGCAUCACAAG